UGACACGGUCCUCUCCACUCCGCAGGCACACUCGGCGUACGGCGCCUCGCCAACUCCGACGCCCUCGUCCCCUCCCCACGCCUCCAUUUCUAGGGUUCUCCUGACCUCCGCGUCGUUGCCCCGGUUGCGGACCCCAAUGUGGCGGCGCCGCCACCUCCCCGGCCGGAUCUUGAUCUCGUAGGCCGUACGAGAGCGUGGAUCUCGAGUCCCCUGUUUUGUGAGCCGCGGUUCGGGUUCUGGGGUCUUGGGGGACUUCUCCUCGCUCUCUCUGAGAGAAUCCUUUCUUUUGGAGCUUCUUUAAGGCGGAAGAAAUCCAGAAGGACGAUUCCGACGUAACUGUCAAGGUGUGACAUUGAAGUCGUUAGGGCAAAAAGGGAGGGAUCUGCUUGGAAUCUAGCUUUGAAAGCAAGUUGGGAUUAUUCCGCUUUCUUGAGAGGGUUUAAUGGACUUCCUCAAGGUAAGAAAGUUUCGUGGCAUUGCCAAGUUGAAGGGGAGGAAAGAUCCGGAUCAGGAGCGGGGUCAGUUGCUCUCCGAGCCAGAGGAGCCGAAAGAUGAGAGUUUGGAUACAAUGUCGAAGCCAGCUGCUGCCGAUCCUGCUGCGGACGGGGGGGAGGAUGAGGAUGAUGACGAUUUCAUCACGAAUGAGGUGAAGAGGCGGCUGAAGGAGCUGAGGAAGAACAGUUUCAUGGUGCUUAUACCAGAAGAAGGGAAUCCGGAAGAGGAGGAGGAGGAGGAGGAGGAGGAGGAAGAGGAGAGUAGCUCGAGCGGAUGGAGGGAAUCAGAAGUAGGGGAUGGGUAUCCAUGGUGCGGGUUCGACACAUUGUAUGACGAGUACUGUGAGCGGAUGCUGUUCUUUGAUAAGCUGAUCGCCCGCCACCUUAAAGAAGCUGGAUCUAAGGGGACUCUAGGGCAUUCACCAAGAAGUUUGUCGAAGAAGUUAUCCAUGGGUCUUCGUAACCUUUCAUUCAAGAAGCAAGAUGAACAUCAAGAGGACUCUGAAAACCUGCAGCAACCGCAGGAAGAGAACCCAUCCCUGAAUCUUGAAGCUGCUUAUGUUGCUCAAGUUUGUUUGAGUUGGGAGGCACUUCAUUGCCAGUACAUGCAACUGAGCCAGAAGGCUUCACGUCAGCCUGGAAAUGAUGCCUCCUACAGAUAUGCUGCUCAAGCAAUUCAGCACUUCCAGGUUCUGUUGCAGAGAUUUAUUGAGAAUGAGCCAUUUGAACAAGGAUCGAGGAUGGAGAUAUAUGCCCGUGCUCGGCUUUUACUACCUAAGUUGCUUCAGGUCCCAAAUCUUCUAGGUAUGGAUCAGAAAGAACACGUGGAGGAUGAUUCAGAGGAACCAAUUCUCGCCACUGACCUCAUUAAGAUAGUAGAGGGUCCAAUCUUAACGUUCCGCCUUUUUCUGAAGAUGGACAAGAAAAAAUCAGGUGGCUUCUUUCGGGCUCACAGUCCUCGGAGCUCCCUUCAGCAAGUUCAGGCAUCACUUGAAAAGAAGGAGAUCAAGGUAAAGGAACUAUUCAAGAAGAAGCAAGGAUGGAAGAAGAAAACCUGGCCAGCGACCAUGGAGGAAGUGGACUUGCUUUUUGCUCUCAUCGACAUCAAAGUCAUAUCAAGGGUUCUGAGGGUGUCACAACUCACCAAAGAGCAGUUGUUAUGGUGUGAAGAAAAAAUGAGCAAGCUUGAUCUGUCAGAUAACAAGCUCUGCAGAGUCGGCUCCCCGCUCCUCUUCCCGUGCUGAUGGUGCACUUCACCUUUUCUCCUCUGCUUCAAUUGGAAUUAACAGACACUACAUCUGCAAUCUGAUGCGUCGAAUAUAUGGGUAAAAGCAUCUAUAAAUAAUCUUGUCCAUCUCUCUAAGGUUCCUCUUGGAUCAUUACCCUCUUGCAGACUAUGCAAGAGGUAAACUGCUCUCAAGCAUUUUGGCUGGAUCCUGAUGUUACUAAAGCCACAAUAUUUGAAUGAUCAGCAUUAUUCUCUCUAAAGCAUGAAAUUGAUAAGUGA